AUGGCCAGGGAAGCCGAUACCACCGCCGGAGAUCCAGAGGUCAUAGAACGCGAUAAUGAGUAUGCCGCCUCGGCUGCGGAUCAGCGUUAUGACCCAUACGACUUGCCAGCUCCCGCCAAAAUGAUCUUGUCGAAAGGACUUUCUCCGGAUCUGUUCAUGCCGCCGCCACGAGAGGAAGAUGACGGAGACGAAGCCGUUCAGAAGCCAGAUGGCGGGGGGGAGAUUCGCCGCCACCACAGGUCCUCGGAUCCGCUCGCCUCUGCCAAGACCAGGGCACCGCGAGUCCACGACGAAGAAGAAGAAGACCGUCUCGCUGCUCCGCUGGGGGUCACUGCCGGGUCGAGAAUUCAGGUCGGACGACAAGCUAUUGCCGAGGAGGAUGAUGGAGAAGAAGUAGAUGAAGAACAAGGGGAAGAGGAGGAGGAGGAGGAGGACCUGCAGGGUGCUGGCUCGGCUGCCUGA